AUGCCAAGCCCCACCCAGGACAUGAUAAAUGUCAUGGACAGUCUUCGCCUCGCGGAACUGGAUGAGGAUGUCCUCUGCAUACACAACUCCAGCGUCCUCGCCACCCAAGCUGCUGAGCUGCUUGCUCACGAAAGCACCUCCCACCUCGAGAGACUUCUCUUAACAAUCACCAUCGGCAUCGUCAACCAAAACGCGAUCCUCAUUCGCCAGUUGGAAGAGCUCACAGAAGAGCAUGAGAAAACUGCCUCCCAACUUACCACUAUUGGCAAUAAAGUGGACAGGGCACAUGACCGCAUUAGUGCCCUCCCUAGAGCCGCCCCAUCCCCACCGACACCACAAGUGACCACCCCCCCCAGAAACCCCCCCGCUGCACAACAGGCCCAGCGACCCACCCAACCACAACCCCGCCCCCAACAACAGCCUGCCAACCCCCCCCAGUCCGCUGCCAGGCCGAACAGAACCGUCCUCCAGCCGCAGACCCGCUCAUAUGUCCAAGCUGCCCAAGACACCCUCCACCAAUGGCAGCAAGUCCCUCAGAGACGCACCCCCACCAAGAAGCCCAAAGCAAAAGAACCAGGGCCAAAAACCCUUCCCGCCGGUUAA